AUGGACACCCUACACAUCCUCAUCACAGGCGCAAGCGGAGGCAUCGGGGAGGCAACUGCACUGCGCCUGGCCCAGCCGAGCCCGAGGUACACGGUCAAGACGCUGGUCCUGCACUACAACUCGAACGCCUCCAAGACCGAGCGCAUCACGCGCGAGAUCGGCCAGGUCAACCCGGCCAUCAAAGUCGCCUGGCUGCAGGCGGACCUGGGCUCGGCCGACGAGGUGGACCGGUUGCACCGGGACGCCGCCGCCGCCGCAGGGGCCCCCAUCAACGUCCUGUUCGCCAACGCGGGGACCACAGGAGGCCACUCCGGCCCAACAGGCACACUGGACGCCGUUCCACCCGAGGUCUUCGAGCAGACCUGGCGCGUCAACACGCUUUCGGUGUACCAGCUGACGCAGCUCGUGGCCCCAGGGAUGACCGCACAAAACUUCGGGCGGGUGAUCUACGACUCGCCGGUGGCAGGUUUAACAGGCGGCGCCCUGAUCGAGGGGACGACGAUGCUGCCCGGGGGCGGCGCGGGGGACGGGGAGCUGAAGGCCAAGAUCCCCGUGGGAAGGCUCGGGCGGCCGGGCGAGAUUGCUGGGGUUGUCUGUCUGAUGGUGGAGAAUGGGUAG